AUGGCGAACGUGCUGCCUUCUGGCGGCGUCAUCCUCGCGGACAUACCAACGGAGCUGCUCGACCAGAUUGCGAGUGUCGCUCCUCGAUCAGCACUUUGCGCACUUGCCCUGACGUUAAAGAAGGCGAGCGUCUCUGCGAUCAAUUCCCUCUACAAGUCCUACCUGAACCGUACUGCACCAGCGAAAGCGCCCUUCUAUCUCUUUCUCCCCACGAUAUGCGAACGACCCGACCUUGCGGCGAAAAUGAAGCGCGUGGACAUCCGUGAAUGGCGCUCGGAGUAUAAGGUGGCGACAAGAGCCAUGUGGAGGGGUGUGACGCAGAUUAGCGACGUCGACCAAGUCAAGAAGAACGGCCCAUCCUUCACAAGCACGGAGAAAGUUAUACGCGGGUCGAUACUGGAAAUUUCAAGCUGUUCGUCGAAGUUGCAGUCAAAGCCAGACUGA